AAACAAACAAAAAUUUUAUCAAGGAAAAGUUGGUGAAAAUAUUGAAAAGGAUUAAUUAUUGCACAAAUUAAUAAAGCUAGAACAACGAAAUAAGUUAUAUACAGUUUAAGUAAAUAGAAAUAGAAGUUAAAGCAGUCGAGAGUGUUGGAAAAACUAUGAUCUAAAAAGAAGAUGGCUUCGCAACAAUUUUCUUUAAAGUGGCAUUCUCAUUGUCAGCAUUUGGCAAAUUCUUUUAAUGUCCUGAGAAGUGAAGAUGAAUUUCUGACUGAUGUGACAUUAUGUUGCGAUGGAAAUAAGCGUCUUCGUGCGCAUAAAAUCAUCCUUAGUGUAUGCAGCACAUACUUUCGUGAGACCUUUAUGGAGAAUCCCUGCAAGCAUCCAGUAGUAAUUUUUAAGAAUGUUAAAUUUGACGAUCUCGCAAAUAUAGUUGAAUUUAUGUAUCGUGGUGAGGUGUCGAUAAGUCAAGAUUCACUAUCAUCGUUCCUUCAUGUCGCUGAAAUGUUACAAGUUCGAGGACUUUCAGAGAAUCAAGAAAUUGUGCCGGAAAAGUCAAUAAUUGCAACACCAGUUUCGCAAUCUGAAUCACUAUUCAUUUCAGUCCCCGAUGGAAAUAAAAUUCUACUUGCAACGCCACAAAAUAUCUCAAAUCAACAGCAAACCACAACAAGUAGUCUCAUAAAGUCACCGAUUAAAAUUGAACAGACUCCAGUGCAGCACAUAAAGACAACUUAUAUUGAUCAGUCGUCACUUGGAAAACGUAAAAGGUUUACAAUAAAGGAAGCACGUCCAGCCAAAAUACCCGCCAAUACAUCAAACACAACUACACAGCAAUUUAUUGCAGAGGCUGUAGAUAAUUCAUUUUCAAAGCAAGAAGCAGUCAUUGUAGAUGAAAAUGGAAAGGAAUCAGUUUUUGAAGAAGUUGAAUAUCUCACGAUGAAAUCAAGUAUGCCAGAGUGCAAUUAUGUCGUUAGUGCAAUAGAAAAUACAGAACAGAGUCAGGAUAAUAUGGAAGAAGAAAUGGCAUUGAUGCAAGAGACAUUUGAGAUUAUUGAAGAAGGAAAACAGCAAAUGGGCGAUGAAGUUGUUGGCGAUGAUCAAGGAAAUGCAAAUACGACAUUAUCAUCAGGCGAUGGAGGAACUGAAUCAAAUUCUUAUGUUAUAGAAACGGAGGAGAAGACAGGCGAAGAGACCAAUAGUAAGUGGACACAGUGUCAGUACUGUAAGCUUGUAAUUACCUCUGUAAAUCUAUGGCGACAUGUCCGAACACAACAUACAUCGCAACCCCCCAGAAAAUGUGAGUAUUGUAAGAAAACAUUUAAGAACAAGUACAGUUUAAGGGAACAUGUUCGAAUAAGUCACGAAAGCAAACAGAAUGCCACAAAAACGGAGAGUGAAAAUGAGGAAGCAACAACGACGUCCACGGCAACAACUCAAGCUACCGAAACAACCGGUAAAGUAAUUUAUCUUGAAAAGUUAUAAGUGUUGACGACGCCAUAUUUUACCACUAUUUAAAGUAAUUAAUGAUUCUUAGCUGAAAAAGAAAUGAAGUAAUUUAAAUGAAAAGUACAACAUUCAAAUCUAAUGAAAUGAAAAUUUAAUUAUAAUAAUAAUAAUAAUGAUUUAAUGAUAGUAUGUAUGUACGUACGCAGAAACAUUACUGUUCAUUCAUACACAUGCACAGAAAUGUGUGUCAUUUUUGAAAUUAGUAGAUUCUAAGGUUGAUUUAUAGUGAAAAUGUCCUUAAUAUUUAAUAAUAGUCGUUAGGAUUCACUCUAGAGAUUCGAUAAGACAUUUAGAAACAUAAGAAAACGUUUAACUCCCUCUCACUGUCCUCAUACCUCGUCCCUAUUCAUCCAUAAUUUAUUUUUUUUUAUGUUUCAUUCGACGGUGCAUCUUAAUGAUAAGCUGCUAUACUUGGCAGUGGUUUGAAAUGAAUUUGAUUUAAAGUUUGAAUAGCUUAAAUAACGGAAAAAGUAUAUUUGAAAAUUAAAAGUCCGUUGAGAAUCUGUCACAAAAGUUUUCAAAUUUGUGAAGAAAAGUUUAUGUCGGAAUUUGAGUGGAUUUUUGCAAAAAAAAAAUACAAAAUGAGCAUUCAAAAUUGUUGAACCAAAUCAUUCCAAAUUACUGCUAAGGAUAUCCUUUAAAUUCAAUUCUAAUGUACUUUAGUCAUUUUCUCCCCCAAAAUUCUCAAUAAUUUGACCUUUUUGUGAAGCUGUGUAGUAAAUUAAGGGAUGAUUUUUUUCGUGUGUAAUUGUGAAGUUUACUGCUACAUAAAAAUAUAUGAUAAAUAUGAAGAAAAAAAAUAAGAUUUUAAUGUCAGUUUUAAAUGAAAAUGCACUUUAGAUCUUAAGAAGUUUAACUUUCAUGAAUUCGGACCUAAAAUGAUGCCAGCUUUGAAAUUUUGAGGCAAAAUUGCUUUCAAUUAUUUUAAUACUAA